AUGCGGUACAGCCUUGAAACGUGCAGGGAUCUUAGGGCAAGGGCACACCUCGUCUCUCAACAGCUCAAAGAUAUCGAAGAGGGCCAUGGCUCCAUGAUACUCGGUGAGAGGGAGGACUGCAUUGAUCAGCCAAAGUCCCUUGGAGACUUGAUUCGGAAACAAGUUGGAGUCGAUGUUAGAGAGGAAUCGGAGCAAAAGCAUAACUCAAGGCACUUCAAAAGGGUGAUGCUAUCGAACAUGGCAAGUUAUAAGAUCCUGCAACAUGCUCUCAAGGGCGGGGACGUGGAGAUUAUGGGAAUGUUAGUGGGCAGCACUGACAGAGAUUCGAUAAUAGUUUUUGAUUGCUACCCUCUCCCAGUUGAAGGGACCGAAACGCGUGUCAACGCUCAGCUUGAGUCAUAUGAGUAUAUGGUGCAGUACAUGAACGAAGUUUAUGACUCGUGUUCCCACCCGAAAAACAUAGUUGGGUGGUAUCACUCGCAUCCAGGAUAUGGGUGCUGGCUUAGUGGUAUCGACGUCCAAACUCAAGAGCUCAAUCAAACUUUCCAAGACCCGUACAUUGCGGUAGUAGUGGACCCCAAAAAGAGCGCUGAAGACAAGCGCCUCUCAAUUGGAGCUUUCAGAACCCUGAAUGAAGAUGAAAUUCCCGAAAACGUUGACCAGUACGGGGACAGCCGCUACGGCCACCACUCCCAUAAGUAUUACGAACUCGAAGUUAAGAUAUUCACGAGUAUAUUUGACACGACCUUAGAACAGCUACAAUUGCGCUUUGAUAUAUCAGCUUCUGAAACUCCUGAAAGCAGUAUGGUGCUGGAGCAACUACUUGAAAGUGUUCGGAAUUGGAACAACUUCAGAAAGCUAACAAAUCCCAACCAGUUUCUAGUUCAAAACUCAAGACAGUCGGAUUUUUCUGUCCAAGACCAUGAAGUUGACAUGGGCGCUGAGUUUUCAUCUUUUUCAAGGCGUAGUAGUCGAGCAAGCUCCGUCACGAGUUCUAAAGACGAAAGCACUGGAAGUGACGUCGAUAUGAUUAGCAAUGCCAUAGUUGGCGAUUACAGUACCGAAAGCAGCCUGCCUCCUGCGUCGUUAGCACAACCUGGGAUGGUCACGAGCGAGGUUGAGGUACCUCAAGUUAGAAGCUUUGAACGCGAGUAUUACUUGUACAAAACGAACUUAAGCUUAAUCAAAUUGAAGGAAUAUGAACGCCUUCGAUAUUUCAAGGACACUUUCACUCUAUAA